CCCCACCCCAUCCUCAGGCGGCUCUCCACCAAGAGCCCAGGAGAGUUUGGAGUCUGCGCUCAAGGCGCUGUGCUGUCCGAGAUGUGAUAAAUCUCGCGGGAAGAUGCGCUCGUUGCCUCGGUUACAGCGUCCGUGGUCCCGAAAGAUGGCGGGGCGAAAUGUUGGUCCUCGGAGACGGAGCGUUUCAGGCGCUCCGCUCCCGCCGCGCGUUCAGCAACCUGCAGCGUCUGGACGGGACCUCCUAGCCAGGGAGGAAGAAUAUAAGCGCUUGAAUGCAGAAUUAGAGGCAAAAACAGCUGAUCUGGUUCGACAAGCUGAGGAAGUAAUAAGAGAUCACCAAGAAGUACAAUCAAGGCCGGUUUCAACACAAAUUAAAUCCUAUGAAAAGGAAGAGAAUUGCAGUUUAAGAGAUCUGUUGUCUGAAGAGAUAGUUCAUCUGCAUUCAGAAACUAAGUCAAAGACCAAAAAUGUUGAUGCAGUAAACAAGGUUCCAAACAAACUGCGCUCUGCAAAUAAAGGAAGAAAAACAAAUUCAAGUAUAAAAUUGAAAUACUCUGAUGUACAGACUGCCAAUGAUGUUGCUAUUCCAGAGGAUUUCUCAGACUUUUCUCUUGCAAAAACAAUUAGCAAAAUUGAAGGGCAACUUGAGGAAGAAGGUUUGCCUGAUUGUAUAGAUGAUGAUAUUUUUUGUGGUGUUAGUAACGACAUUGGAAUAGAAGCCCAGAACAGAUUUCUAAAGGCCAAACUCCGUGUUAUGCAGGAAGAAUUGGAUAAUGUUGUAUAUGAAUGCAAUAAAAAGGAAAAUGAAAUUCAGGAUUUAAAGUCUCAAAUAAAAAACUUUGAAGAAGAUCGUGUGAGACAGCAACGAACAAUUAAUUUGCAACAGUCUCAAACAGAAAAAUAUAAAACUCUUUUUGAAGAGCUGAAUAAAAAAUGUGAUGGAUUACAGCAACAGCUGUCUUCAGUAGAAAAGGAAUUAGAGAGUAAAAGAAGACAACAAAAACAGGCUGCCAGUAACCAAAGUGCUACAGAAGUUCGGUUGAACAGAGCUCUAGAAGAGGCAGAAAAGUAUAAAUUGGAGUUAAGUAAAUCAAGGCAAAAUAAUAAGCUUAGAAAAGAACUAUGUGGCUUAGGAAAUGAAGUCUCCUCAUGCUCUCCUACAACCUGUCUCACCAAAAGCGAUGCCAGUCGAGAGCCUGCCGUGCAAAGCUCCCGACUUCUCCCGCACCGACACACGCACACACAGAUCACUGGGGCCAGCAUCUCAACGUAGCAGAUGACUUUAUCACAUGGCGCUGGUUAAGUAUUUUGAUAUUAUUCCUCUAAUUGUAUGUGUAUGUGAACAUAUAUGUGUGUUGAGAUCCACACAUGGCUGAUGUACACAUACAGGUUUAAAUAAAUGGUCUGUGGUAUGUAUUAUUGUCCAACUCAAUUUUUCUGCAGCUUUUUUUCUUUUUAGCCUAAAAUAUAUUCAGACCAACUUUAAAAGCCAGAACAUUUACCCUACCUCUUCUCUUUAAUAGUUGUAUAAUAUCUUUGAAAGGGAUCUAGGAGAGAAGGAACUCUACCACCAAAAUGCUCUACAUAAUAGAGAAACAAGCAGAAGGAACUUACAAAACCAUGUAAUCAACAGUCAGACCUCUUCAUCUACCAUCUAGUCUUUCCAAGGGCUCAAAUGAUGGUGUGCACCCUGCCUGGAAGUAUUAACUCAGUAAACCCUAUUCUAUAUUUACUGUAUAACACCACUGGUAAGCGUGUCUGAAACUCCUUUGCCCAAGAAUAACUCUUGCCCUAACUUGGCAGUAUGUCAGGAGUUAGAAGGAGGAUAAAAAUAGAAAAAGAAGAGGGAGCUACUUAAAAAACAGGCAUGUUUCCUGCCUAAAAUUAUGAAACACUUCAAUUUUUAAAACAUUUAACACAUAAAAAAUUUAAUAACAUUCUAAAAUAUAUUGAUCACACUAACAAUUUGUACUAUAUUGAUUUGUCAAAGAAUAAUCAGUGAGACCAUAGGAAUGCUCAGACUGAGUAUAACCAUUCUAAACAGUAACCUCAUUCUUUGGGUCUCUGAAAGGUUCUAAUAUUAAAUUAAACAAGGCUCACUAUUAAAUAAUCUAGGAGUUCCUGUACCUUAAGGAUCUGAAAAGUAUAAAAGUAUUUAAGAAAACUAGCAGUGUAAAUUCCUUAUUAUAUAUAACAAUUUUCACAAAAUUGGUCUAUUUUUGGUUUCCUAAAUGAAGCUAAAAAUACAGAAAACAUAAUGACCAGAACAUGAUUACCAUUU